GGAGAAUCUUGACGUCAAGUCUUAUGUUGCGUUUGUCCUUUCUAUUUUAUUUUUCGCUUUUUUCUAUUUUAUUUUUCGCUCGAGUUAUAAUGUGAUUUGAUCGAGCGAUUUAAUAGGUGGCAGCCCAAAUAUAAUUUUGCCUUUAAAGCCUGGAAGGUGAGUAAAAUGUAGGUAAGGUUUAUGACUAUAUUUGCCUCAAUUAAGUUUGCCUUUCUCAGAGAUAUUUUGUUUGCUUUUGUCCUAUCAUGUUUACUUUUACUUCAGUAGUAAGUCCUUCGAUGCUUUCACUCUAAUCGCAGCUCUGGGCUCAGUUUAAAAGAUGACAGAAAAUCAGCUGUGUCAUAAAAGCUGGAUAUGGGGGCCAAACUAGAUGACCAUGACAACAGGGAAAAAAAUAUCUUGAAUAUGAAUCGAAACUUAAAUCAAUUAUUUUUUGUCGACGCAUGUUAAAGAAUGCAUCACUGUAUACGCUACUAAAUUCAACAAAUAAGAGCGGAGCCAAACUUUUAUAUUUGAGCCAUGUUAAAAUGAACCUUAUUUUCCUUUUGUAUUAGGGAUUAUUAGUUAUCGUUUUUGUCGUUUGCCAUUAUGGAAAAGAUAAAGCGAAAGAAAACCUUCCCGAGGAACAUAUUUGGAACGUAUGAGACGACAGUCGACAUUUCGACUGCGACACUACCACUGGUUUCCCCUCGAAAUGGAGAAACCAGCUGUGAUGGCAUCACCUAUACUAUUUCGCGCGCUUUCGUAAACGUGGAUGCCACCAUUGGUCACCAAGCCUUUAGUCAAGAUAGAUGUAAUAUAUUCCUUGAAGUAAAUAAUACGGUUUUGAAUAGUCUUAGUACUAAGAACGACGUUGAAGCCCAAGUCGAAUUUACGUUUAAAGUUGUGGAAAGGGCUAGUGUCACCUGUUAUUGAUGUAAAAGUUAAGAAAGACAGUUUGGUAGUUUAUGUACUUAUACAAUUUUCGGAAUUUUGGCGGGUCGCUGUGGUAGUGUAGUGGUAAGGGAGAGAGAUUAAGAUACGAAAGCUCCGGAUUCGAGGUCCGGGUUCGAUCCUGGGCUGUGAUCUACGUUCUUUUUAAUAUAAACACUCUCAAUAACAGGUAAAAAAAAAAUUUCAAAGCGUCUUAAAAUGACAGAGACUGUUCACGAAAGGGAAGCUUUUCUCAGGCUUCACUGGGGUGUUGCACAUUUUUUCAGUUUUCUUUUUGUAGCCCCCGUUCACGUUUCGUGUUGCAAACCGAAAUAUCGGAGAAAUAUAAUUCACAAUUUGAUUUUCGUUUUCUUUCCUUACAUUUUUUUUCUCUCACUCUUCUUGCCGUAAGGAUCGGUACCUUCAAAAAUUUCUUAUUUGGUUAUGGAGAUCCUACUGAACCAGGUCUACUAAGGGCCUCUUCACAUGAGCCCGAUUUCCGAGAUCUCGCCUUACCUCUAAAUCCUUCGUAAUUGCUAUGUGUUCAUAUGAGUGGGCGGGCUGGCUCUGUUCCCGAGAUCUCGGUUUUUCCAACCGAGAUCUCGGUAAGCGGGCUAGAAAUUUUGCCAUAUGAACACUUCAUCCUGGUUACCGGGAUGAACGGCGGGAUGAAUUCUCGUGGUCCGGAUGGCAUCGUCUUGCAUUGCCUGCUGUAUUUUACACAUCAUAAGCAUCUCAUUUAACUGCAGUGAUACAGCUUUAAGAGUUACCGAAGCCCGAAAGUAAAAAAAAUUGUGUUUCGCCAUGUUUGCUUUGUUUCCCAAAUUUGGCGCCAAAACUCGUCCCCAGGAUCUUUGACCUUUUCUCAUCUCGGAAACCGGGCUGAACUUUCUCAUAUGAACCCAAGGCGAAAUUCAUCCCAGUAACCGAGCCAGCCCGGUUAACCGGGCUAAUAUGAAGAGGCCCUAAAGAGAACACCACAGUUCUUAUUCAACUGAUCAAAAUAUUUCGCCGUUUCUGAUUGGAUCCAAUCACGCCCCGGCUAAUAUAUUCUUCAUAACCAACUGGCGCCCACCACAUUUGGAAGGUGGGAGCCUCGAUCUCAGCCUCAUUUGAUAAUUGGUAAUUAUUAGACCCAAUGCAAAAAUGGCUGCUGGAUUAAUAUUCUUUUGUUUAAAUUAAAAUAAACCUGACUAGCCUGGCUUGAGAUUAUGUAUUCUUUCCGCGAAUUUUGUACUGAAGAACGAGGCUAGUCAGGCUAAUUUCAAUUUAAACAAAUUAAAGAACAUUGUGGCAUACAUAAUGCAUUUGGGGCACCACGAAUUUUCCACCGAACACUGCUCCAAAGCAAAGUCGUCGCAGUCUAACAUUUAGAUAUGCGUUUACCAUUUCAAUUGCUACAAACAAAUAUUCAUGUUAGCAAACUAUAAAAGUUUUUGUUUUUAUCUUUAGUUUUUCGCAAGCCUAAGUCAGUGAUACAAGCUAAAGUUGGGGAAAACUACAAGUUAUUAUGUGCAUGAUGCUGUCAACAGGAAAAACACUUCUCAUAAGAACGCUUUUACUUCUGUUUUACGGUUUUGCUGGCGCCGGCAUUUUUACCCUCAUUGAAAGGCGAGAGGAAAGCUGUAAAGAGACAUCAAAAAGGAUGAUACAACAGCUGAAAAAGAACUUUACCAAAUGUUGCAACAUGACAGAUGAAGAGUUUGAGAUUUUCUUAACUGCUGCGUACAGAGCUGUGAACACUGGUAAAACAUUGGACUGGACUUACUUCAGGGCUGUGGAUUUCACAUAUUCGGCCUUGACAACUAUUGGUUAGUUUUUCUAUUAAACAGCCGACAUUGACGACGCUACCACUGGUUUCCCCAAGAAAUGACAUCUGAAGAACGAGCGCAGAAAUUCCAUUCUGUUGACGUGUCACUACCAAGUUCUGGGUAGUGCUUCUGAUUGGUUGAAACAAAUUUUUCGUGGCACGACCAAUCAGAAGCAUUACCCAGAUCUGGGUAGUAAUGCGUCAUCAGCAUGGAAUUUCUGCGCUCGUUUCUCGACGUCAUUUCGGGUGGAAAGCAGUGGUGAUGUCGCGGAAUGUCGGCUGUUUUCUCAGGCUAGUCUACUGCCUAUUCAGUAGAGUUUAAAGCCAAAGCCAAUUUGGACAGGGUAGGGUCCAUCCUAACCCAUCCUUGUUAGGAUCACGAAAAUUGAAUGGUAUAGCACAUACAGUAAAAACCACGAGUAAGAAGCUGGUUUUUAGAAGAACCUGUUAGGCUUAAAAAUUUCAGAUAGGCAGCUCCCCUUCAUUCAAGAACCUGUUUAUCCCAUUUGAAAUAGAACAUGGAAUUCUGUACACCUGGGCAAAUAAAAUGUCAACAUUUAGGAUCCUCUUUGAAGACAUAGGUGCCUUCUCACUCCAAAUUUAAUGAAAUGCAUGGUAUACUGAUUUUAUGGAAGGGAAUAAGCAAAAUGCUACUAAAGACUCUUAGCUACUAUUUAUUUUUUUUUCAGAAAGUAAGAACCUCUUUAAGAGCCUAAAUACCCUAAAUUUGUACUUAUUGCCAUUUAUGAAAAAACCAGUUUACUUAAGAAAAUACGGGUUCUUACUCGCGAGUUUUUACUGUAGAACAUUGUGGCACAAAGGAGAUGGUCAAUCGAUGUUUAAUUUUCCCUAAUAAAUUGAUAAUUUAGUUCGGUGGCAUACGAUACAAUGGUCGACAUAGUCCUGAACUAAAAGAAUAUCUUUUUUUCCAGCGGAAAACAACUCAAUCUUAACGUUCACUUGUUUACUUUUCUCUUCUCCUAGGCUACGGACAUUUAACUCCAGUCACUGCAUAUGGGAAGUUAUUCUGCAUUGCUUUCUCUUUGUUUGGCAUUCCUUUAUGUUUGCUGACCCUAAAAUCUGCUGGCGUUUUGAUCUCCGAGCUUUUAAAGAGAGCUAUAAUCAACUUCGAGAUAAGAGCUUUCAAAGUCCCGAGUGUGAGUCACUUGGAGUUCAAAUGUGCCUUUUUGACGUUAGCUUUGACGGUGAUCUUUCUUUCAUUAAGUUCUGCUGUUCAAGUCAAUUGGGAAAAAUGGACCUUCGUCGACUCUUUUUACACGUGGUUUAUAACUUUCACUACUGUUGGCUUCGGAGAUUACAUCCCUUUUGAAAGUGUUGUUUCCAGAGAAGAUGCCGGUGUUACGGCAGCUGUUUUCCAUAUUUUUGCCACUUUUCCCGCUCUGUGUGGUCUGUGUCUGGUAGCUAGUGUAAUAAAUACUCUUUUAACAGUCUUUGACAAACAGGAACCAUCAGAAGUCUCUAAUUCCUGCUCUGGGCAUUUGUUCAAUAGUACGAAUAGAAUAGCCAAAGAUAACCAGGAGUUAAAGUUCGUAAUAACGGGUACUGCAGUGAAGCCUUUGAAUAAAGUGAAAAGGCCCCAAAGCGUUUAG